AUGGAGGCAUCAAACAAUCCCAGGGAGCAAAAUUCAGAAACAGAAAGUGCUGUAAGGAAUCUGCUUAGCUGCAUCCGAAGGCAUAGCAGCCCUCAAGCAGAUGGAAAUCCCAACAGUUCUCCCACCGUGGCACCUCAGCCUGGUACUAGUGCUUCCUUUGGGGUUGGCCAGGCUGUUAGUAGGCCAAACACAGUUCAGCAAGAAAUGCAAAGAGCUUUUCCAGCACUUUACCAUGGAAGCCGUAAACGAAUGAAAAAAAUGGCACCUGAACCUGCAAAAGUUACGUCUGUAAAGUUCUUAGAAUUCCAAUUCUGCUUGCUUUCAAAAAACUCCCAAAAGACUCCCAAAGAUGAAACGGUUCUCUUACAAGCAGGGCUAGGCAGAAGAACUGUAAAUAUUCCAGACAAUGCUGAUCAUACUGAGAUAACCAAAGUACUUCUUCAGGAGUACCCAAAGUUGCAAAACUUAAGAGGUGGUUGGUUGCUCCAAAAAGCCUCAGGGGGCAGUGGACAAAGGAAAACAACAUCUCUGGCCCAGGAUUCCCAGGGCUACACAGCAAAAAUAUUGAAGACGUCCUCUAACAAUGGGAAGAAUGUCAUCUACAUCGUCCCCCUCCAAGAAGAAAUCGAUAUAACCCCGUUGCCAUAUAAUGCACCUGAAUUUCAUAACAUGCCCAAAAACAUCUGCAUGACCUGUGGUAUAUCAGUCCCAUUACAGUUGCUGCCAUGUCACCUUGAGGAUUGUCAAAGUAAUAAUGCGAUAGAAUCUGAAUCUGACAAGGAAAAAGAAAAAGAAACUGAAGAGGCCCAUGGACUGAGCCAUGAGUCAGAUGUAAUUUGUCUGGAUGCCUGUCCGAUAUGUGGAGAAGAAUUUUCUGCAGAAGUGAUGCCUUACCAUGCCAGUACAUGUGGAGAAAGUUUCCCUGAGAUUUUCCCCUCGAUUAUGGAUGGAAACUCUGUUGAUGAAACUGCCUCAUUACCAUCCCAAAGCACUACUUUCCAACUUGAUCCUGAUCAUUUAACACCUGGGCCAUCAGUUUCAGCUGAAAGUGCACCUUCAAUGUGUGAUGAUUGGAAGAGGAUUGAGCUUCCAGAAAGGGCAGCUAUACAGUACAGGCGGUGUGCACUUCGACAAAAAGAAGAUGAGCCCCCACUGAAAGUACGAAUUGAUAUUAGAGAAGACAUGGAGGACCAGGAGGGGAGAAUAAUAAAUUUUUACAAGGUCCCCAAAAUUGAUUGGACUAGACCUCUUCAAUGCCGAUUGGAAGGGGAUGUUGCCACUGGGGAUGGUGUUCAGCGCCAUUUUUUCAGCAUGGUGAUGCACAAGCUGCAGAAUGGAUUCCUCUUUAAUGUCGGAAAUGGAAACGGAACUGCAUUAUUUGAAGGGCAAGCUGACCACCUUAUCCCAUCUACUUCCCAAGUCCUUUUGCAGAGUGACUUGUUUGUGAUGGCAGGCAGGAUUAUUGGUCAUUCUUUCCUCCAUGGUGGGCCUUCAUUAGCAGGUGUGAGCCCAGCAAUUGUACAUGUAUCAUUAGGUGGCUCCCAACAAACAGCAACCAUCACAAUUGAAGAUGUGGCCGACAUCGACAUUAGGGAGACAGUACAGAUGGUAGGUUGGUAUGUGCCAUAUUGGUAG